CCGAUAUGGUGGAUCAACCCAUCCCAUCUCCACAGCCAAUCGAUCUUAAUAACAGCUGUUCUCGGAUCUGCGAGGUGAAAUGGCAGAUUGACAUCAUCCUGCCAGUUCCUUUUAGUAGCUUCUGAUAUUUAUUUACCUUCUGCAGCUAUUCUAGAUAUAAAUAGUAAAGACCCCUCUUUCUCUCUCUACUUUCUGUCGAUUUCCCAUCAAUCAUCCUCCCAUUCUAUCAUUCUAUCUUGGGCCAACUCAACUCGCGUAUUAUUCAUCAUGGACGUCUCUCUCCUCAAAACCUACCAGGCUGAUUACGAUGCUGUUAGGAACGCAACCUCUGUUGUUGAUCUCAGUAUUGAGACGCUAGCUGGUGCUGGUGUCCGACAUGCAGUCAAAAAGUGGUUGAAUAUGGUUGAGAGUGGCAACAAACCCCCCAGUGCUGAUUUGGCCAAGGAGCUUUUGGACCAGUUCGCCAUGGUUCAAUUGGAGAGCAUGACGGUGACCAAGGAUGGGUUUAUUGACACUGCUGCCACUCGGGAGGCGAUUAAGAACAAGCUGGAUGGAUAUCUUGCGGUGGAAUAUAAGUGAUGGAUCGAUCGUGAUUAGUUGCGAUAUUGUAUGAAUUCAUGAUGGCCGUCCUUGUAGAUAGGGACUAGAAACCCACCAGUUGCCGCAUUCGUCCAAGAGAGUAUCUCUAAUAUCAGAAUAACUAUAAUUUAAACAAUAGAGAUAGAAUAGAAAUAACGAUAAUAAUAAUAAAUCAUAAACUGAUACUGAUAAUACGAGUGACGUGGAAUGCUACUGUAAUCCCUGCCAUUCCAGCCCCGCACAAAUCGGGCAUUCAAAAUUCGUCGAUCGCAGAAAUCGAAACCCAACUUUGCCUCUGUCAACUCCCCGUCUG